AACUACAUAAAUAAAACGGGGGAAAACGGGUUGGUGAUCGUACUGCGCAUCCUAGUGCGCUAUAGGACGCACUUGAACACCUCUAAGUACAGCCAAGAUGGCGGUGCCCUUACGGAGGACGUUGAUCGCGUUGCAUCGAGCAACUUGUAACAAUUUAAAGAGUGCUGAUGGCUGGGUGGAUGUGCGGCAGCCUCACCCCCUGGUUGUACCCGUCCGGGGAAAGAAGCGCCACUUCAUCCCGCCCGCCGUUGGGAUUAAGGAGAAGACCAAGGCCGACCCAGAGGCCCGGGCCCGGGCCGCUGGCCUCGUCUUCCGCCAGCAGUACGUGGAGCGAUCCAUCAACAUCUCCUGCACAGCGGGUAUAUUUGACCCCUACAUCCCUCCCGAGGGUGACGCCAGGCUCUCCACCCUCUCCAGGGAGGGGCUGAAGCAGCGGACGGAGCAGCUGAGACAGAGCGCUGCCUCCCAGCUAGCGACACGUAAGAUCAAAGAGCACGACCCUCUCUUCAAUACCAAGACAUUUCCAGAACUGGCUCAGGACAUCUUCAUCCAGGCUCACAUGGCCCUCACGCAGUUCAACAAGGAGAAGCUACACUCCCUGGUGACAGAGCGGUGCUACCCUGAGAUGACCCGGGGGAACCGCCUGAAGACGAUCCGAUGGAGCUUCGUGGAGUCCCUGGAGCCGCCCCGGGUGGUGCACGCCCGCUGCCCCGACAUGGUCACCAAGACCAACCUGUACGGCCAGGUCACCCUGCGAAUGCACUCCAGACAGAUCCUGGCCCUCUACGACCGCUUUGGGCGCCUCCUGUUGGGCAGCGAGGACGAGCCGAAGGAUGUGCUGGAGUACCUGGUCAUGGAGAGACACGUCGUCAACCCCUACGGCCGCUGGAGGCUGCACGGCAAGAUCGUGCCGGCCUGGGCACCUCCCAAAGACCCCAUCAUGAAGACGGUUCUGAUUCCGGGACCCAAACUGAAGCCCGGAGAGGACUUUGAUGCGCUCCAGUUUGAGGUUCCUAAACCCCAGUCUGUGCAGUGGAGCAAGUAGGACUCUAGAGGGCGCCAUUCCACCAGGAGCGGGAUAACAAGCUGCGGCCAGCGGGAGAGACUAUGCACGGGUCCAGGGCUGCUCCGAACCCGGAUAAGGGGAGCCCCUUGUCUGGUCGGGAACGCCAGUUCUCCGUCUCGCGUUCUUGUAAAAUAUAUUUUGCUUGUUGGCGAGUGUUUGACACUCUUUUUUCUCCACGCAUCAAAUUCUGGAAAAACGUGUGUCCAGACAUUGUACAGGUUUAUUGAGUUGAGUUUAAUACAUGUGAUACUUAAGGAAUACAAAAAUAAAAUGUCCCAUCUGA